CGUGGGACUGGCUGUGCGCAAAAGAUUCCGUCCACCAUUCAACUUUUCACUUAUAUUGAUACUUCGAUAUGGACAAGCCUUCUUGUGCUCCUCUACCUCUAAUCAUGACAUCGAUCAACGAUUUGCAUGCUGAUCCCGAUGGAUAUCCGAUGAAUAUCGACCCGCUGCAGUCGCCUCCGGUUGUACCAGUACAGGCUUCAGAGGUUGAACCUGAACUAAGCAUUGACCCCCCAAUCUUGAGGCGUAUUGGACAAUCAGAAUGGAGCCAAUAUGAACAUUUCAUUAGAUUGAAUCACCACCACAUGGAGCUGAAAGAAUUGCGCAAACCCAUACUCAAGGAGUCUUCUGACAUGCCGUCAGAUCAAUGGAAAAAGGCGCUUUCUGCUUGGGGUCUUCCCAAGUCAAUCCCAAAGCCUGUUGCAAAAUUUAUUAGGAAGAAGGCACACCUCCGCGAGAUUGAAGAAGGAAAGAAGACAUCCUUUAGAUACCGUAAACAAGCGGCACCAAAUGACAAGAUCAGACGAUACGCGCAGGAGUAUGCUAACGAGGCCUUGUCUUCAAUCGCAUCUUCGCCUUCCAAUCUUACGUACAAUACUUCUAAGUCUCCACAUCUGACACAUGCAAUUCCGGUGAACCAGACCAAUCGCAACGAUAUGUCAGAAAGGUCAGAGUUCUAUAACGGCCAGGAUGUCGAUGGCUUCCUCGCAGUUUCCCAAAACGCUCAGACCCUCAUCAAGCACAGUGACUAUCCCGGUGCGAAACUCGCCUUCAUAGAGGCUCUGGAAGGACUAGAAGCCCUACUAGGAGCUACAAACAAGGUCGCCAUCGAUGUUUUACUCUGCUUUGCUGACGCCGCUAUCGAGAAAGAGGAUUUCGAUGGAGCUAUGGAGCGACUUCGCAAGUCCUACACUCAUCAUCAAGAGUUGCUUGGUGACAACGACAAGAAGACUUUGCUGAGCUUUAGUCGACUGGGCUUCGUAUACGACGCAGAGGAAAAGCAUGCAUCCGAGACGAGCCUAGAAGACAUGUUCAAUCAUACCCUUGGAUUGAACUCUCAAAUCGCCGCCAUAUACCGAAAAUUAGGUGACUUCGAAUCUUCUGAAGAAAAGCUGUGCGAUCUGAUCUGGCAAGCCGAGGGGCUAGGUGACACUUAUCGAGAUCAGGUCGCCUACUUCAAACACGAACUCGCCCAUCUCUACAGCGACGAAAAAUGGCGACUAGCGAAGGUUCCGUUAGGCGGUGCAGUUCCUCCAAGAUAUCGUGUAGAGAAGAUUCUUCUUGAGGCUAUUCAUGACUUCGCUGUCAUCUUUAACGAAGGACCUCAUUAUCUGUGCUCAUUAGAACAGUUGCGAAGGUACUAUGAGAUGACAGGUGAGGUCCACAAGCUGAGCGCCCUGAUCACGGAGAAAAUCGAACCUAUUCUCAGCGCAAUUCGACCGACCGACAGAUCACGCAUUGAAAAGUACCUCGAGCUGAUGCAAGGAGCCAUAUCUUCGUUUUGGCGACUUCGGGAGUACGAAAAAGCUGAUUUGUGGUUGUAUUGGCGUCAACAACAGAUCGAGAACUUAGAUACGAAGGGAGACUAUUCCCUCGAGGCACUAUCCAACCUCAUUAUGCAUGCUAAGACUUAUCUCGAUCGAAGCAUGCCCCAUUUUGCUGAACCGCUGCUUGAGAAAACUCAGCAGAUAGCGAGCCAAAUCCUGCCGUCUGACCAUUCUAUCCACAAGACCAUAGCUGAAACGAUCAAUAACAAAGCUUGGGCGUAUGGAACAUGUAAUUGCUGUCUAGUCAACUCUCCAGGUCCCAUACUUAGGGCCCUUUCAAUUUCGUUUUCGUUUUCUGGCUGCUAA